AAUAUUAUUAUUCUUCAUAUUAUUAUAUUCCCCUGCUCAUCUGCCACUGCAGAAAAUAAAUAAAGUGAACCACCACCACCAUGUUCCACUAUACAACAAAAUCCAUUUAAUUUUCACACCCCCCAAUCCAACUUUCCCAAUACUCCUUCACUUUCUUCCUCUCAUCACAAAGUUUCAACCUUUAUGCUUCAAAUGGAAUCAAAAUCAACCAUCCAACCCUAGAAUCAUAAACUAUCCAACUCUUAGCUAUGGCAUCAUUCACCACUACCCAUUACUUCAAAUCCUUCAUUUUCAUCACUUUAUUCAUAAAAAUCCUAUCUUUUGACCCAAUUCCAUUGUUUUCCUUUGUUGAUUUUGAAAAAGAUCUGAAAUUUAAGUCUAAUGUUGCUUUUUUUGGUAAUGCAAAGGUUGUCAAUGGUGAGUCCAAGAUUCAACUCUCUGGUUCAGGUAGUUUUGGUGCUGAGUCUGGGAGAGUCAUUUACAACAAACCCAUCAAGCUUUUUCAAGGUAAACCUAAGCAAUUAGUUUCAUUUUCAACUUACUUUACAUUUUCAAUCUCAUUGGAAAGUGGGGGUGGUUUAGCUUUUGUUAUAAUUCCAAAUGGUGUUAAAGGUGAUGUUUUUAAUCAAACUUCAUCUGGGUUUUCUCUUGGAUUGAAAAAUAAAGAUUUUGAAGUUAUUGGUGUUGAGUUUAGUGCUUCAAGGGAUGGUAAAAAUGAGAUUUUGAUUAGAAAUGGUGAUUCAAGUAAAAUCUACUUUACCAAUUUGGCACUAUCAAGUGGUGAAAAGAUGCAUACUUGGAUUGAUUAUGAAGCAAGUUCAAUGAGAUUAGAAGUGAGGUUGAGUAAAAAUGGGAAUUUAAAGCCAUUUGAUCCAUUGUUAUGGGACAAAAUUGAAGUAUCUAACGUGUUGAAGGAGGAAGAAAUGUUUGUAGGUUUUAGUCCUGUGAGAGAGACUAAUGCUUUUUUGUACUCAUGGAGCUUUGUCAUGAGACAUUUUCCACCACAUUCUAUGCAUUCAGAGCCACUUGAUCCUAAGGUUUUUGUGAAAAACAGUGAGAAUCCAAUGGUUGUUGAAUCAAAGGAAAAGGGAAAGAGUGAUUGUUUUUUAAGAGUUCUUGCUGCAAUGAUAUUUGGUACUGGUUGUGGAGCUUUGACAGCAUUCACUGUGCUUUAUUUGUGGACAAUCUUUGGCAAUAAACGCGGUGGCGCAGUGGUUCCAGAAGGAUGUGUUAUGCAAGCUUUGGAGGGUGAUUAUAGAAAAGUUAAGAUUGUUGUAGAUAAUAAAACCAUUGGAGAUGGUAAUAAGUAAGAUCUUCUUGUGAGAAGAGAAUUAUCUUGGUGUUUGUAAAUUUAGUGUUUCUUGUACUUAAUAGGUUUUGAUCUGUUGUAUGAUGAUUCCUAAUCUAUGUUUUUUUGUUACAUUGUCUAUUGUUUGUCAAAUUGAGAUUGAAAUUCAACUUGAUUAAAUACUA